AGGAGGCCGCGCGUCCCCGACACGGCGCCGUCGACAGAGCGGACGCGUUGUUCAGGAGCCCGGUGGAGCAGCUGCCCGAGCUCGGGGGCAGCGAGUGGAGGAUAACGUGGGCCUCGGCGCUUGCCUGCAUCUUCGCCUCAGCGGUGUGCGGCGGCUGCCUGUUGCUCGAGCCUGGGGCUCUGUGGGUGCUCAUGUCGGCCGCGUGCUGCGGACGCCGCGGGCACCUGCCGUCCCUCGGCGCGCGCGGUCGCGAGCGCCCCGGUGUCCCAGAAGGACAGGAGACCACGGGCCCAUUCUUGAGCAGGCUGCCGCCGCACCUGGUCAGCGAGGUUCCCGGCCCCACUAUCACACGCGCCCGCGCCCACCCGCAGCUGCCACAGAUUCAGGCAGUCUCGAGGGCUGCGCCGGGGCCUGACCGACCCCCCGCGCGGGGGGGUAGAAGGGCAGGCGCUUGCGCUAUGGGCUGGAGCGACUGGAGCAAGGACGGGCAGGACUCCAGCGACCAGAGCGGCGGGCGUUGGGACGCUGGUGGCUCCGGUGGCUGGAGCCACGAGGAUGGCCAGCAGAAGGACUGGGGCGAGGGCGGCUCAGGUGGAUGGAGCCGCAAGGAUGACCGGCAGAAGGACUGGGGCGAGGGCGGCUCUGGCGGCUGGGGCCAGAAGCAGUCCAGGCAGAAUGAUUGGGGCGGCGGCGGCUCCGACGACUGGGGCCAGGCGCAGACCAAGCAGGAUGGCUGGGGCGGCGAAAACUCUGACAGCUGGGGUGCCAAGUCGAAGGGCGGGAGCUCCUGGGACGGCAACCGCGACGCUGGCGGCAGCAGCCAGCCCUCGGAUGGGCGUAUCCCGUCUACUCCGACAGCCAUGUCGACGCCCGUGCAGAAGGCAACUGCCGAGGUCAAGGCGACGAUACCUUCCACGCCGAUGGCCGCCUUCGACCACCGCACUAGUGGCGCGGCGAUGCCACCGCCUACGCGCCCCCCGGCCUCGAGGUUUGCGACGGCCCCCCCGCAGGCGGGGGCAGUUCCGAGCACUCCCGUGGCGGCCUUUCAGCAAACGGCAGCACCGAGGUUGGCGACGGCCCCCCAGCAGGCGGGGGCGGUGCCGAGCACGCCCGCGGCGGCCUUCCAGCAGGCGGGGGCGGCGCCGAGCACGCCCGUGGCGGCCUUCCAGCAGACGGCAGCACCGAGCACCCCAAUGGCGGCCUUCCAGCAGAUGGCGGCGCCAGGCACCCCCGCGGCGGCCUUCCAGCAGAUGACGGCACCAGGCCCGGCAGCACAGGGCACCAUCAUCCGCAGCCGCCCGGUGACUAUGUCGGGUUUGUCGGCGCCGGGGACCCCCCGCGAUGCGCUCUCGCAGCAGCAGGCGGCGCCGGGCACGCCCCGGGAUGCCUUCGCCAGCUUCGGGGCGACGGCCCCGCCCGGCGCCGUGCCGUCCACGCCCGGGGGGAUGCAGGUGCAGGCGCGCCUGCCCGGAGCCAGGCCCACCCCCGCGCUCGCCGGCGUGGCGCCCUCGACACCCUCGGGCAACUCGCCGGGCACGCCGGGCGCGUCGCGCACGCCCGCGGGCAUGGGCAUGGUGCCGAGCACGCCUGGGGGCGCCGUCCCAGGUACACCGAGCGUGGCGCCCGGCACGCCAACAGCGCGUCACGCGCCGCCGGGCGCCGCCGUGCAGUGGGCGCAGCGGCGGAUGAUGCCGACAACGGGCUGCAAACGCCCACGGCGGCGAUGCUGCAGCAGUACCAGGAGCAGCUCGAGAGUGAGAAGCCCAAGUUCAAGACGGUCCACCACAGGCCGGAGCAGGCCUACCUGAGCGAGGAGGCCAACCCCACCAUGCUGCGGCACGCGCCGCGGCGCAUGGCCGGCAGGCGGCUCGAGGCCCGCGCGGGGGCGGAGCGCGCGGCAGCAGCUGCGCACGCUGUACCCCCCUGCCUCGCUUCAAGGUGGUGGCCCCUAAUGGUGACCCCCCUUGGACGCUGCCUGAUCAUAGGCGGCGGCAUGACCCCCAAGGUCCAGCAGCGCGUGGGCACCACGUGAGAACGCAGCGCUUCCCAGGAGAAAGUGCGCGCCGCUCGGCAGGAGUCCGGCGGAUCGUCCCUGCGGAAGGAAGGCGUCGCUGUGGGGGGGGAACACUCGUGAAGAAAGUGUUGGGAAGCCUAUUUGGGGGCACCCCUGGAGAGCAGGC